AUGAAUUCUUCAGAUUCCCAGUUGACGGCAGAGUUGAAUAAAGGGAGAAUGUUGGAUUCCCAGAACAGCGAGCAAAACAAAACGCAAGAUAUGAGCCAGGCUACGAUUCAAAGACUAAUAAACGAGGUCGAGGUCGAUGUCUCAGUUUCGCCGGUGAUGAGUCAAAAUACCGAAGACUUAUUGCGCGAGAAACGUGAAGGCGACCCUGAAUUUAACGAUGUAUACACCGAAUACAUGAGCAAACCCCCGGAAAACGACUCGUUCGGAAACUGUUUUCCGUCUGCUAUUGAGCCUAAGCAGACAAAACGAAGAACGCCGCGGAUUCAAGACGAUCUACCGUCCCCAGAUUUGAACUGUUCAUUCGCAAUAGCAUAUCCUAAAUCUGAACUGUUAGACACUUCAAUCGUAUCAAACACUACAAUAUCCCAAAUUCAGACUGGAUCACAAAACAUCGAGUACCUCCGAGAACGAACCCCGGAAGAACAAGCAUUGCGAAACGAAAAGAAAAUCGCAGAAGAGUUCGUAAAAGAGGAGGAAAUGAAUGCGAGACUUGAAGAAGAAGCGAGAAAUCGAAUGGCUGAAAACAUGACACAACGCGUGAUUCCUAUGGAUGAUGUGGAUGAUGAGGAGAAUUUGGAAACCGUGCAAACUUAUGGGAUGGAAAUGGAUGUGAUGACAGAAAGAAGCUCGAAAGUCUCGAAUUUGGCCUAUUUAGUGACAAAUGCUGGUGAAAAGCAUCUGUGGUCAAAAAUGCAAUGUAAUGUUCCAAUCGAGUUAAGAUGGAGUAUUCCGUCUUGUGUCGCCCAGAAGAAGCUGUGGCUCAAAAUUAGACUUGUGAACUACGAUAAUUCAACGGAUCUACAAAUUGCUAUUCGUAAUCCGAAGGCUGGUGUUGCAAAGUGUCGAAAACACAUCGAAGAGGAAACCAGAACUCCGCCUGGAGCUUUUUUCUAUAUUGCGAAUUCAGGACACCGAUGGCAACCACAUCUCAAUGGCUCUAAUGGAGGCUACACCCUCUCAACAAUAAUAAAUCCAGGAACGUUUAGCAUUGCAUUCGAUUUGAUUUUCAUGUGUCAAAAAAUGUGUAUGGGAAUUGAAGAUAAAAGGAAAUCAGCUUGUUUGGCAGCUUUCCUGGAGGAUGAGCAAAAAAACGAGAUCCAUCACGCUGUUAUCGAUCAAGUUUACGUAGUUGGAUACCCACGACGAGAUUGCAAUAACUUCCGUGAGAAGUUGCCCGGCUUUACGUUCACAGAGAGUCCAUCAAUCAGUAAAUCGAUAAUAAAACGCCCUCAUUUUUUGCCAUCGACGAGCCUCCAUCAGGCCAGUCCAAUAUCCCCACAAGACAUGCUAAAUUUGAAUAAUAAUUAUCAGAUGUUUCCAUCGACUUCUAACUCCAGAAAACGAGGAGCCAGUGAGAAUGUCUUCUCGAGACUCCAUGUUCAGCAGACCUCUACCAAACCUAAUAGUUAUGCGAUGCGUCUUCAUGGGUGUGAACCGAGAAAUGAGCAGAUGGAAAUGGAUGUUAUCGAUGUGACACCUACUGCAAAAAGAUCUCGACUCAUAUUUCAUCAGCAUCAAGAUUUGCGGCUAUACGGUAAAGAAUACGAGAAAGUUGUCGAAUUUUUGGCUAAGGAAGCUGAAGAAGCGGCUAACAAACAACCUCCUCAUCGUUAUCCUAUCAAUAGCAUACAACCAUCAGAUGAAAUCGAAAAAUUCAUCGCCUCAGUUGGACUUGGUAACGACAGAGAUCGUUUUCGACAAGCUGACAUUCAUACGAUGUCAGAUCUGACUAAAUGUUUCGAGGAACGAUCCGAAAUAUUCGAGUGGAUUGGAAUCGAUUGUGCCAAAUUGGAGAAGUAUUACGACGUUUUUCUAAAUUAUUAUCGCAUUCAAAAAAGGAACAAAAUGCGUGCUUCCUCCACUCGACACCAAUCCUAA